GACAGCAUGUCUAUUGGCGAGUCUGGAACAAUAGCUUCUUUCAAACAAAAUUACCGUAAUAUUAAAGUUCACGGUUUGACCAAGGGAUUAAAUGUCACCAAUUAUGAAAUUGAUUUUGAUAAUUUAAUCUUUAAAUCAGAUUCUUUUAAUCCGCAAAUUGACUUUGUGGCUAAUUGCAAACUUGAUGGAAGACUAUUACUGUUUCGUAUUCACGGCCAAGGACCCUGCAAUAUAACAAUGUUGAACUUAAAAACAAAAAAUACUUACUACGGUGAAAAAUACGAUAAGGAUGAUAAAACUUACAUGAAACUUCUGAAGUACGAUGUGAAAUUCAGGCCGGAAAAAGUGAUUCUAAACUUCGAAAGGCUUUUCGAAAAAGACAGUUUCUUGGGGACUCAAAUAAACUCAAUCCUAAACAGCAAUUCUGAUCUUCUCUUCCGAGAACUUCAAAGUUCUUACGAAGACACCUUCGCAAAAGUAUUCAUUAAAUUCGGUAACGAUAUCUUCACACAAAUACCCUUCAAUAAGAUAUUUCCAGCUUAA